GCUGUUUACUUGAGGUAUUUUGGUAAAGUACUGGCCUUAAACUAUUCAUUGAUGGUCUGCAGUAGAACCUGAGGUAGCGGGCCUAACCGUAGCCCCGACAUCAUGACCGAGAGUUUCAGCAACAUCGAGGAUGAGGCGUUCCCCAGUUUCCUGUCUAGCUCUGUGGGCAGCAGCCGUGCCACCCUGGGUAACGUCACCCUGGCCUCCACCCUGGGGCUGCCCGUAGCUGCCUCCACCAUGGCUAAAAUUAGAGCUGGGGCUGACAACAGAGUAAAUGCUGUCCAGGCGUCAUAUCUGGAGGACGGUCGGCUCUCUCUGGCUAACUCUCAGUCCUACAACAAGGAACAGGGGAAAUUUGCCCUCAGCUUCAAAGAUGAGCUAGAUAAUGCAGAUGACUUCAUAGCAGCCCACCGGUUCUCAGACAUGCUGGUGAAGGUGAAUCUGGACGAGACCGAGCCCAGGACUAGAGCCUCCUCCCUCGGCCACAACACACAGACUGGACCUCUCCCUGGAAGACACUCUGAACAUGGAGACGAUCUCUCUAUGGGGCGGCUGGCCUUCACCAACCUGGUUAAUAGGGACUUUAUGGAUCUAAAGGUCCGAUCCCUCCCAGGCACCGUAGACGACCAGAGUCUGGCAAGUGACGGAGCCGACAGCGACCGCUUCAGUGGGAGUGUCUCCAGCUUCCUGGCCAAUGAGAAGCUCAUGUCUAUGGACAGCAUGAACAGUGAUGUCACAGAUUACGAUAUCGACGUGAACGACCUGCAGGAUGAAGAUCUGGACCGGUUCUUAAACAAGCUGGUUAGCCCUGCCAUGCAGAGAGGACGGGUGGAGGGACAGGAGAUACCUGUGGCUGACCAGCCAGCCAACCAAUACUAUUCAUUUCAGCCCAGUUCCACAGAACCACAGAAGAACAGAUACCAGUUCCUGGAUGACUAUGAUCAGGGUUUCCAGAUGCCUGACGUGCGGCUGGCUGCUACAGGGAUGGACUCGUGUCCUGGUAGUGAUGAGGAGGACACUGAGGAUGAGCUGGAGGCAGCUAGGGGACACAGUUCUACCAGACACAGACUACUGCUGUCCAGCACCUCCCGACAGCUGGUGGGAGAGAGCCACCGUCCCAGCUUCAGACCUGGGCUGGAGGGAGGCAGCUCUGACGAGGAAGCUUACUCUGGUCGUAACUCUCCUCUAACUGGGUACGAACACAGAUACUCUGCGGAGGGCCAAGUCAUCAACACUGUAACAGGAGGAGGAGGCGACGGGAGCAGUGGGAGUGAGGACGGAGGGAGCGAUGGCGUGUCCACUCUACCCCUCUCCUCCUCCUCGGCCCAGACCACCUACGAUGUGCUGCGGGGGCUGGGGAUCCUGGGGGCCAGCGUGCCGGGAGAGAAUGCCCAGGACCUGAUGGGGGACCGUGUGGGGCCGGUGGGGACUGGAGAGACCAGCUCUGGGCCCCAGAGUACGUCCCCUGUCAACUGGAGUAUGUCCUUAGACAGACAGGAGGCACUGGAUGCCAUGGACAGUACAGAGUCUGGGGUGGCAGGGGAGGGUCACGGUGUCUUGGACUCUAUAUACCUGAGGACUGGUGCUGGACACUGGAGACCCCAGGACAUGACCUCUCACCUCCAGACCACACAGAGCAGCUUCCACCUCUCUCAGGUGCUUCCUUCGCUUAGUGAUGAUGAGGAGGAGGAGGGGAGGGGGAGGCCUGCUGCCCUGGGGCCAAGAGGAGGUCCAUGCGGGGACUCCUCUGCACCUCCUGGUCCUCCUGGCCUGUCAGACAUGAGUCAGGGUGAGAAGGAUCCUCUCUCCACCUCUCUGGAGGCUAAGUACCUCUCUCAGAGCUUCCACCAGGAGGACUCCUCUGACAGCGACUGGAACCACUGUCCUGAUAACCUGGACUUCCAACCGGCCUCUCACAGUGUGGUCUACCAGAACGAGGAGGGGAAGUGGGUGACUGAUCUGGCUUACUACUCGUCCUUUGAGAAGGAGGUGGAUGGACACCAGCUGCCGGAGGUAGCAGACCAGUUCCAGGCUGAGGACUUCGUUCCAGGCAGUAACGCCAUAGAGAAGAUCAUAGAGGACCAGAAGGAGUUUGAGAAGGAGAACCAGUUCAUGCAGGAGGAGGUGAUGGAGCCUGCCUCCACCAGCCCAGGUCUCCUAUCUGACAUGUCCUGGAGACUCCCAGCCAGCAGCCACAUCCUGAUGAGGGCCAGCCAGGUGUCCCAGGAGCUGGACAGAGGGAACCAGAGCUACCUCCGUCUGUCUCUGGGGACCUUCUUCCAGCAGCGCUCUGAGGCCCUGGGCUGUCUAGGGGACGACCGGGAGGACGAUACAGUCAAACGGCCGUCGUUUGGUUACGUCAUCACCUCUCCAGAGAAGAGGGAACCGUUUCCUCUGAUUCAACCAUCAGACUUCCUGUCUCAGGACGGCUCGGUCCACAACGACACCCUCAGACACACUGACCACGACCACACCAUGAACACAGAGGACUUGGACAAGACUGUGGAGGCGGCUGCAGACAGGGUGUCACCUACAGGAGAUGACGAGCCAGAGCCUUGUGAAUCAGCCUCCCGCCUCCCCGAAGCCCUGCUCUCCCCCAGCCAGAGCCUUCCCUCAGCCUCCCCCCUCCCUGAAGCCCUGCUCUCCCCCAGCCAGAGCCUUCCCUCAGCCUCCCCCCUCCCUGAGGCCCUGCUCUCCCCCAGCCAGAGCCUUCCCUCAGCCUCCCCCCUCCCUGAGGCCCUGCUCUCCCCCAGCCAGAGCCUUCCCUCAGCCUCCCCCGGCAGCCUGGGCCCCAGCCCCGGCAGCCUGGGCCCCAGCCCCGGCAGCCUGGGCCCCAGCCCCGGCAGCAGCACAGACCAGUCUAACCUCACGCUGUCUAUCAGCACCAUCGCCUCGGCCAUCUCAGAUGCCUCCAUCUCCUCAGAGCCCUCCCAGCUGGCUGCCAUGAUCAUGGAGCUGUCAAAGAGGAGUAGGAUACAGAGGCAACAGCAGAAAGGUCUGCCGGGUCCAGACCCAGCCUCUGUCCUGGAAGAACAAACACCCAGCCCUAACCAGGUUCAACUGGACCAGCCCAGCCCUAACCAGGUUCAACUGGACCAGAGAAUCCUGCUGGAGACUCUACAGAGGAGCCAGUGUGCCGGAGACCUGCUGGAGACUCUACAGAGGAGCCAGUGUGCCGGAGACCUGAGUGCCUUCGACAUUGAAAAGUACCUGAAGCAGACAGAGGUAUCCACCAGCAGCGACAGCGACCAGUCAGGCUCCUCCCACUACACCUUUGACUUCCUCAGCUGGGCCGACAGCCUCAACUCCUCCCGCAGGAAGUCCCAGGCCGCAUCGCUUGUUGUUACUGUGGAGAACGAGAGCUCGGGUUAUCAACACCAGGCUACCGAAUACCAGGCUAGCACCAAGGGAGCUAUCUCCUCUGGCGUAGAGGCUAAGGCAGGUUUGACACAAGGUUACCCUGCUGCUACGACCCAUCCAGUCUCUGCUGGGCUACAUCCAGGUUCUGGCCAGAGUGGACCAGGACCAGCUAACAAGACGGAGGUGAGGAGGAGUUCCAUCCCCCGUCCCAGGGCCAGCUCCAUCCCUACAGCGUCUGGUAACCCAGGGAGGAGGUCUGUGGUCUCUGGUCAGUACUCCUCAACCACCUCCUCCACAGCCAAACCAGCUGCCGACAGGAAGUCCGCAGGGAAUAACAGUGAGCCCCAGCCAGCUGGUGUACUGAGCAACACAGAGAGUGGUGGGGCUGAACUAGGAGCAGUCCGUCCAACACCUAACAACACCCCAGCACAGAAGGUUGAGGACCGCUCCUCAGCUGCUGCCCCAGGCCCUAAGACCUCCCCUGGUCUGAGGAAGGGUCUGUCGGGGCCUCCGUCCCUCAGAGACAUCACAUCCCCCUCCCAGAGAGCCAGGAGGAGCACAGCGAAGACCCACGCUACAGGGAGCAGUACAGCCCAGCAGGAGAACCCCAGUGGCCUGGAGAAGAGUGUUGGAGAAGCUCCUCCCAGCGCUGUGGCCAAACGUGUUGGUUUUACUUCCUCCUGUCACAGCCCCCAGCCUGCUGCUGCCCACAGGACAGACGAUGUGUUUCCAGUUACUCCUAUGCAUCAUGCCGGAGGCCCAGAGCAGAGCCAGUGUACCUUCAGACCCUCCACCUCUCCUCUCACCCACUCCUCCCCCUCACAGACCUCCUUCCCCAGCCAAGAAGGGACUGUCUCUCCCCCCUCCUCCAGGGUAGGGGACAGGAGACCUCCCAGUGAUCUCACUCCUCCCCAGUCUGAGUGGAGCUGUUCCAGUCCCAGCCUCAGCAGACUGACGUACAUCUCUCUGAAUGACAGCACUGACAUCCCAACACCUGACAGACACAAGAGUAAUGGCACCAUGUCUCUGAGCACCACUAUAGUCAGAGCCAGUCCCACCCCUCCAGUAGACGGGGCUGAUACCCAGAGUCCUUCAGGUCAGGAUCUACCUCUUCACCGCUCGACAGACAUCCUCUGUCCUCCUAGACAGUCCAAGAGCCCAGAGUCUCCUCACCACUCUGACGGUCCUCCGAGAGGCUCGGUAGACCUGCGGAGUGGUUCAGGUCUGGGCUUUACACGCAGCCAGAGUGAGUGUAACUAUCACCGUGGGAACAAUACAGACUACGACCUGCAGAAACGCCACUCCGUACCCAACUCACACCGCCUCACCAAGGUGGAUUCUGGGUACUCCAGCCACCUGAACAUCCAGCAGCCCAGCGGUACGGGGGGCCAGGGGAACCAGCAGUGGUCCGGGGUCUCAGCCCAGGGGAGUGAGGUCUAUCCUGGGGCCAGGACGGGCUUCGGCCUGCCUUCCUCCGAGGACCUGUGCUACGUGCCCAUCUCCAGCUUCAAGCCCCAGGGCUCCAUGGUGGACCUGCCUCCAGGGGUCCCCAGCCUCCUGACGGGGCGCUCCCUCUUCAGCUCCCAGCUGGCACAGCAGAACCUGGGCUCGGAUGGAGCUCUACACCCUGGUCACCCUCUGCCUGCUCCCUACCGCCACAUGGCGGCAGCAGGGAACGGCCUGUACGGUCACGCUAUGUCCUCGCGGUUAGGACCCAACGUUGACCCCUCAGUCAGACACCUCCACAGCUCUGGGGGUCUGGGUGUCUCUGGGCCUGGUGGACCAGGAGGUCCUGGGGGUCUGUACCACUGCUCUAACCCCCACCUCAAACCCUUGGACCCAGGACUGAUGGAGGGGAACCCCUACAGCCAGAACUGUGUAGCCUCGUGGUCUAACGGCAGCCUUCCUGAACUCACAGCCCAGGUCGUGAUCCCUGAGGAGCUGAGGUUCCCCCAUGCCUGCUGUGUGGGCAUCUCCUCUCAGACCUCACUGGGCAUCUUCAACCCCUCCGAGCGCUGGCAGCAGGUCUCCAUCACCGUCACCAGCCUGGCCAUCGACGGAGAGAAGGUUGAUUCAUUCCCGUACCAGUGGCUGAUAGUGAAGAACAAGACCAUCAUUGGCCCUAAGAGCACGGAGGAGCAGAAGGUGUUGUUCAUCCCACCUCAGGCCGGGGUGUACCAGGCUGUCCUCAGUGUCUCCUCCUGGCCCGCCUCCGCUGAGGCCCAGGCUGUCGCCCGCGCAGAGGUGUUCGCCAAGAGGGUGGUCCUCGUCGCCAUGGCAGAGAACCCUGCUCUGGAGGUGGAUGUGGGGAAGUGUGGCAGUCUGGACUUCGGAGACCUGGCAGGUGGCAGUGCCAAAGCUCUCCCUCUGAAGCUGCUGAACAGGACUCAUGCUACCGUACCUAUUAGACUGGUUAUCAGUGCUAACGCCACGGCCUGGCGCUGCUUCACUUUCUCCAAGAGUCCUGUUGCCAUGACAGCUGAGGGCCUGCUGCAGGCGGGGACUCUGACCUCACUGGCCGCUCCGUCCGUCAUGAGCCACGUGAUGCACGCCAGCUACGGAGAGAAUGCAGAGAGCUUCAUGGUUUGGGUCCACUUCCACGCUCCACAGAAGUACCAGUCCUGUUCAGGUGAUCUCGGUCCAGCGGAUGAGUACAGUGCGCGGGUGGACAUCGAGGUGGACUGUCCAGGCCCCAGUCAUGUGAUCAGGAGCGUCCCUCUCAGAGCCAGGUCUGGAACAGCCAGAGUCCACGCCCCUAAAGACCUACAGACUGUUAACCUCUCGGCAGCGUUGGGUCAGUCCAGCAAGCAGACUCUGCCUCUGAAGAACGCAGGCAACAUUGAUGUUCAGCUGAAACUCAAGAACAGCGGUGGUGAUGACUGUUUCUCUGUGAGUCCUGUUGACCUGUGUCUGCGUGCCGGGGAGGAGCAAGGCAUUGUGGUCUCGUUCACCUCUCAGGGCGGCAGGAAGAGCCGAGAGAGUGUUCUGACCAUCCUGGUGCUGCCGUCUGGUCCUCAGUAUGAGGUGGUGCUGAAGGGACAGGUGGUACCAGAGGAGAGGGGUAACCCUGCUGCACCAGGUCCUGCCUCUGCCCUGGGCAUGCUGCCCCCCAGUGAGGUGCCCCCCAUCCUCUCCAACAAGCAGUUUGUGGCCUGGGGAGGGGUCACGCUGGGCAGAGCUGUACAACAGAAGCUGGUUCUUCGUAAUAACUCCCCCGACACAACACACCACCUGCGUCUGCUGAUCCGAGGACAAGAUCACAGCUGUUUCCAGCUCCAGAGUAGCUUUGGACAGGAGGAGAGGUUGACCCGCCACAGAGAGCUGUCCAUCCGGCCCAGGGAGGAUGUUGUUGUCCACCUGCUGUUUGCCCCAACCCGGGUGGCCUGCACCCUGUCCAAGCUGGAGAUCAAACAGUCUGGAGUACGGCCCUCGCAGCCUGGCAUCAAGUUCACGAUCCCCCUAUCAGGCUAUGGAGGGACCAGCAACAUUAUUCUGGAAGACCACAGGAAGCGGUCAGACGGCUACGUGGCUAUGCUAAUGGGUGUGGCAGCAGGCCAGGUCUCCAAGCUGUGUGUCUGUGUGAGAAACACAGGGUCCAGGGCUGCCUUCAUUAAGGCUGUUCCCUACUCUGACCUACACACACGCUCUGUCAUGGACUCCUCUGUCAUCAGCCUCUCUCCGUCGCAGUUCGUCCUGAUGGAGAGGACCCAGGAGGUGAUCACGGUUCUGAUGAAGGUGACCCAGAGAGAGCAGACUCUGUGUCAGUCUGCUAAUGCCGUCCUGGCCACAGUCUGUCUCUUCUGUGGAGACGAGGUCUCACGACAACAGUUCAGGAGGUUGCUGCUGUCGAAGCCUGAGGCAGGCAGGAAGAUUCUGUCAGAGAACAGUCUGCUGAAAGGACUCAACUUCAACGAGAGGUUCCCGGGGGAGGAGCAGGUCUUGGAGGCCUACGACCUGCCCCAGAGCCCCAACCAGGCCCAGUUGUUCUAUGGGAAUCUGAGUAAGGUGGUGUUGUCAGUGCUGGGCAGCACAGAGACCUUGGACUCUGGAAGGACUGACCUCCAUGUCCAGCCCCCCCUAGCUGUCACCAGGAGAGGCUCGGAGGCUGACAGUGGUUUUGAGAACUCAGACCGUCACAUCAGCAACGUGUCUCUGGAUGUACUGCCUGUGAAGGGUCCUCAAGGCCCAGCGUUACCCAGGACAGAGGCCUCUGGGACGGGGACAGAACCAGGGGACCACAGGGACUCCUGGAGCCUCAGGCCUGAACAGCUGGUCCUCACCUCUCCCACUAUCAACGGAGCCUCCAACACCAGACAUGUCCUGAUCCAGAACCACUCAUCAUCCAGAGAACUGAGCUUUGAGUUGUCCUGGCCAGCCCACUGUCUCACUGUUACCCCUCAACAUGGAGUCAUAGAACCACAGUGCCACCUCCAGAUCCUCAUCAGUCCUAAUCCGUCCCUAGCAACCAGGACAUCCAUGUUUCCAUGGAGUGGCCAAAUCUAUGUCCAGUGUGACAAUCAACAGAAGUUCAUCAAAGUCCAGAUCCGUCAGGACCUGGCUCUGGAUGUAUCAACCGCCCCAGCUGACCGGAGCCUAGCUCCCCUUCCUCCUCAGACUGCUAGCCCCAUGCCCACCACCACGCUGCCCCCUGCAGGCCAACCCCCCCAGACCAGGACAGCUCCAGCCACGGUAGAGAUCAGUAACCGCACCAUCGUGUUUCCUGCCACGCCCUCAGGAGAAACCUCAGAGUCCUCUGUGGAGGUGGAGAAUGGAGGAGAACAGGUGAGGUGGUACCUGUCUUCCUUCGCCCCUCCCUAUGUGAAGGGGGUGGACAGCAGUGGGGAUGUUUACCGAGCCACCUACACAGCCUUCAGAUGUCCCAGAGUCUCUGGGACCCUGGCAGCAAACCACAAGAUGCAGGUGCCCAUCACCUUCCUGCCGAGGGACCGAGGGGACUAUGCUCAGUUCUGGGACCUGGAGUGUCAUCCAGUGGCUGAGCCUCAGCACAAGACCAGGAUACGCUUCCAGCUCUGUGGCACUGGUGUGAAGGUUGGUCCAGCGGUGGCUCCUCAGGAAGCAGACUGUUCUCUGGUGAAGACUGAAGCCUUUAAGACCAGGAGAAGACCUGACCCGGUUGCUGAUGGGGGCAUGACUGGUCAGGAGGAGGCUCUGUGUAGGGGGGUGUACGCCCCCCAGGACCACUACUCGUUCCCCCCUACCAGGGUGGGGGAGACCAGCACACUGAAGGUCAACAUGAGAAACAACUCCUUGGAAACUCAUGGGCUGAUGUUCCUAACCCCUAAAGAGCCCUUCCACAUCAAGCAUUCCAAAUAUUCCCUCAGAUCCCAACGCUACAUCCACCUGCCAGUCCAGUUCAAGCCGGUUGUAACUGGAAACCACUCCAGCCUGCUGUUGGUUCAGACGGAUACCAGUGGAAACAUCGCUAUCCAGCUGACUGGUGAGGCCCUGACUGGCCUGAGGACUGCUGGUCUGGGUCAGUGAGGACUGCUGGUCUGGGUCAGUGAGGCCCUGACUGGCCUG